AUGAGCCUCUACAAUGGCCCGCCGCGCCCAGGCCGGGACGUGUACUGGUACACCCGGGACAAGUCCGCGCAAGAUGCGGUUCAGGAUGAGAUAAAAGCUGUUAAGAAGAGGGAAGAGGAGCUGAUGAUGGAGGUCCUAGGCCUCAAACCUAAGACGGCGAGCAAGCCUGCCCCACAGUUCGACAAGCAUGAAUUAAACGAAUUGAUCAAGGGGAGGCAGGAAGAACAUGAGCAGCUUGAUAAGGUUGAUGCGACCGCGCAUGAGGCGCAGCGGAUGAAGGGGCUGGGCUACGUACUCGGGCCCGGGGUUCCCUCCGAGGCUGUGCACACUACGCUGCCUGGCGUGGGCCACACAGGCCCCGGGCCAAACGCGCAGCAAGCGCCACAGAUGCUAGCGUCCGCAGGCGCAGCGGCACCUUCAACUGGCUUGAAGUCAGAUGCGAACGUAGCACUGGCUACUCAUGGGACUGUGGAUCACCUCAAGGCGCUGCGGAGGGCGGAAAAGCGGUCCAGGAUGGAAGCCAAAGAGGACGCCAAGAAAGUGAGCAGGGUAUAUAAGGAACUGCGGUUUGGCUUCAUGAGCUAUGGGAACAGGCGGGAUGAUCUGGCUAAGAAGGAAAUGAAGAGGUCUAAGAAGGAGCUUAAAAAGGCUCGGAGGGAAGGCGAAGGCGCAAAGACGCAGGGCCGAGCUACAGCCCACGGAAGCAGCGACACUCCCACCGCGACAGCCGCAGCCCAGGCCGCGACCGACGCCAUGUCCGCAGCCGGAGCCGCAGCUGUGAGCCCAUGGGGUUCAGGCGUCGGGAUCCAGGAAUGCAGGCUAAACUAUACGGAGGCUUUGCGGCAGGGGACCGGCAAGGGCCUUGUGCAUUCGAUGCUGCGCGUGGCAACCCUUGGGACGGUCAUGGCAGGGGUAACAGCGGCUAUGCGAGUGCUGGCGAGUGGGUUGGGCAGGGGUCUAGGGAAGUGGCCGGGGCUGUAG